AUGAAUCGACCAGCCUAUGCCGACCCGGCAUUCUUCACCAUCACGCUUGUCAACUUGACCUACCAGAGGCUCUUGCAUCGCCGUGGCGGUAAGAUAAUCCCUGCCCCCACUCUCGAGCAAACCUGUCUUGCCUCCGCCCGCAUCCUAGUGUCGCGCGCUGGCGAGCAGAUAACACCGUCCACGCAGCCUUUCCGCGUCCCUGCGCGCGACCCGAUCGAGGCAUGCACGGCUGGCUCCGGGAUCAGCGCAUACCGGUAG